UUCAUGAUAUAUUGGUCCUAUUUUUUUCUUUAGCAAACAUCGGGCCAAGGCCUUAUAGCAAACUUACUGAAUUACCGUCGAUCACCCGGUUAUCGUUUGUUGGUUUGGGUCUGAAGAUGAAGACUACACAGAAAAACGAUAAUUUCAGCAGGCAAAAGAGAAACCAGCAAUAAAAAGCCCCCAUUCAAACAGACUAUUGACGAUAUUAAAUCUCGUCUCCGAAUACAACUACCAACCAACUGGUAGCAAUGGAAGGAGGAGGAGGAGAUGAUAAUGGUGUUGUCACAAACAAGUGUUUGGAUAAGGAGAGACAUGCUCUCCUUCAAUUCAAAGCAAACCUUCAAGACCCUUAUGGUGGUCUCUCUACAUGGAGACCUGAAGAUGAUGAAUGUUGUGAAUGGAGAGGAGUCAUGUGUGACGAUGAAACAGGCCAUCAUGUCACAGGGCUUGAGAUUAGAUCUUUUGGUCUUGUAGGUGAGAUUAGCCCUUCAUUGGUUAACUUAACCUACUUGAAUCGUCUUGAUCUUUUCGGAAAUUUCUUUAAUGGAACCAUUCCCAGGUCCUUUGGUUCCUUGACCGAAUUAAUGUUCCUUGACCUUUCAAAUAACUCUUUUUAUGGAACCAUUCCUCAAGAGUUCGGAAACCUCACCAACUUGCAAGAGCUUUCCCUUGGAUACGUUGGAAGAUGUAGUGUUGAAAACAUAGAGUGGUUGUCCCAUCUUUCUCAUUUGGAGAUACUUGAAAUGGAUGGGAUUUCCCUUGCCAAAGCAAACCAGUGGGUAAAUGUGAUUUUGAAUCUCCCAAAACUAUCAGAUUUAAGUUUAGAUGGAUGUGAGCUGUCACAGGUCAUGUAUCCAUAUUCUUCUUCAUUUCUCAACUCUUCUUCUUCUUCAUCUAUUGAAUUCCUUUCUCUCCAAAACAACAAUCUCACCUCAUCCAUGUAUCGUUGGCUGUUCCCAUUAACCACCAAUAAGCUUCGUGUUCUUUUGCUCUCUGGCAACAUGUUAGAUGGGAUACCCAAAUAUCUUGGUAACCUCUGUAGUCUGGAAUAUUUUGCAUUUGAUAACAACUCUGCUGUUGUCAAUUUUCCUGAUUUUCUCAGCAAAUUGUCUGGAUGCACAUCCCUUACACUACAAGAGUUGUAUGCUCGAAGAAACCAAUUUAAAGGGUCACUGCCUGAUUUCAUCCAAAACUUUUCAUCCCUAUCAUUUCUGGGCCUAUCAGAUAAUCACAUGAAUGGAACCAUAAGCGAGAAACUGUGGGAACUACCCAAACUUAAAAAGAUCGACGUUUCUCAAAAUUAUCUUAGUGGUGCCAUCUCUGAAAACAUUGGAAAGUCGAAGGCUCGUAUUAUAAACCUUUCGAAAAACCCACUCCAAGGAGUUCCUUCCGCAGAUCAUAUGUCAAACCUUUCUUCUGUAGAGCAGCUUGAUCUGAGCUCUUGCAACCUAGGGCCCCACUUCCCCAAAUGGAUUCAAAAACUGGAAAAUCUUACCCUUCUUGAUAUUUCCAACACUAGAAUUUCAGAUGCAGUUCCUCCACAAUUUUGGAACAUGCAAUUCAGCUAUUUGAAUCUCUCUUCCAACAACGUCAGUGGGGAAGUACCGGAUCUAUCAAGUUUUGCCAAAAGUAAAUUGAUAGAUUUGAGCUCCAACAGCUUUACGGGUCCAAUACCGGAUCUUCCUUCCAGUUUGGCAUUGUUAAAUCUUUCCAGAAACAAAUUCUCUGGAGGAAUCUCCUUCAUUUGCCAAAUUGUCGAUGGGUUUUUACAAUUUCUUGACCUCUCCCAUAACUCUCUAACCGGACAAAUUCCAGAUUGUUUGUGGCAUUUCAAUGAACUAAAAGUUCUCAAUCUAGGACACAACAGUCUAUUUGGAAAGCUUCCUCCCUCUAUUGGGUCUUUGGUACAACUGGAGGUGUUGUAUUUGUACCAGAACAACUUCUCCGGAGAAUUGUCUUUGUCUUUAAAGAAUUGCACGAGUUUGAGUUUUUUGAAUUUGGGGGCCAACAAGUUUUCUGGUAAUGUGCCUUUUUGGAUUGGGGAAAACUUUUCAAGGCUGUAUGGUCUUAUCCUAAGAUCAAACAACCUCGUCGGAACCAUCCCUUUACAGGUAUGUCAAUUACCGUAUCUUCAAAUUUUAGACUUUUCAAGGAACAAUCUUCAUGGAAGCAUCCCCUCAUGUUUGAAUAAUCUUACGAGAAUGGCUCAAGAAGGAUUUUUACCACCACCAAACGUGCAUUCCUAUACAGCACCUUCACCUUAUUCAUUUUAUAUUAAUUUAUUUCGCAUUGAUGUGGAGUAUGUUGACUAUGCGAUGAUCGAGUGGCAAGGAGAUGAGCGUGAAUUCACCAGUAAUCUGGGAUUGUUGAAGAGCAUUGACCUGUCAAGCAACAAUCUAACUGGACAUAUCCCAUAUGAACUCACCGAUCUCCAUGAACUGCUUGCCCUGAACUUGUCAAAAAACGCUCUACAUGGAGAGAUUCCACAGCAAGUUGGUCAGAUGAAAAACCUUUUGGCUUUGGAUUUAUCUAGAAACAGUUUAUCAGGAGGGAUACCAUCAACCAUGUCUCAAAUGACCUUCUUGAGUUACCUAGACAUGUCGUGUAAUAACUUGUCAGGGAGAAUCCCAUCAAGCACUCAACUCCAGUCCUUUGAACCUUCAAGAUAUGAUGGAAAUGCAGGACUCUGUGGACCUCCCCUUUCCAGAAAAUGUCGAGGAGAUGAAGGAUCACAAGUACCAUCAAUCGUUGAUAAAAGCGAGGGUGAUGAGGAAGACAUAGAUGAACUUGAGAGAUGGUUCUAUAUUGGUGGGGGCACUGGUUUUGUUACUGGGUUUUGUAUGGCAUGUGGCACUCUACUUCUCAACCGUCGUGGUAGGCAUAAGUUUUUUUACUAUUUUGAUGGGUUCAAAGAUUGGGUUUAUAUGAAGGUGGUGGUGUUCAUCGCAAAUUUGCAAAGGGUUAGACAUACAUAGUUUUUCUUUUUAACUUGUUUUCUAGUAUGUAUCUUAUCUUGAACAGACCGUUACUGUUCUUUUUAAGGCUAGGGUCAUCGUAUUGUAAUUUGGCAGGGGUUUUUAAGUUCCCAAUAUCAAUAAAAAUGCCACUAACACCAUGGGUGUCCACUUUAUCGCA